GGAUGCACAAACACGGGGCUACGCGCGGCGCGCAAAGUUGAUUUUCAUUAAAAUGCAAAUUCGCAAUCCAGUUCCGUUCCUGUUUGUUCAUAAUUAGUAUCUAGAACCGAAAAUAUGAGGCGGGAAUUGCACGUGCGAGAACCGGGUGCCACCCAUAAGGAAGAUUAUAGUUCUUGUACCGCUGCUGCCCUGGCAGGUGGAAUCACCAUGAUCCUGGCCAUGCCCAACACCGAUCCGGCCAUAGUGUACGAGGAGGCUUUUCUUUUGGUUAAAAAAGUGGCCAAGGAGGGCGCUAGAUGCGAUUACGCCUUGUUUGUAGGAAAUUUCUAUGUGAACUUAAAGGAAUCCCGGAUCAGGAACCCUCGUAUACCCACUAAAGCCGCAGAGACUUUUAUGGACAAGGUGCUGGAAAUAAGGAAAUAUUUUACGGGAAAUAAAUUUUUCUUUAUAUAAAGUUAAAAUUUCCUUAAAAUUUA